GCGGUGCGGAGCGGGGGCGCAGCAUGAGGGCCCGGCCCCCGCUCGCCACCCCCGCGCCCCCGCGCCAUGGAGGGCUUCGGAACCCGCAACUACGGCACCGGCGGGCCGGACAAUCGCCCGCUCUUCGGGGAGACCUCGGCCAGGGACAGAGUCAUCAAUCUAGUUGUUGGCGGCUUCACGUCCUUACUGCUUGUAGUCACCCUAAUCAGUGCUUUUGUCUUCCCGCAACUACCUCCAAAACCCGUGAAUAUAUUUUUUGCUUUCUGCAUCUCCUUGUGUUGCAUUUCUGCUGGCAUACUUAUCUAUUGGUAUCGACAAGGAGACCUGGAACCUAAAUUUAGGAACCUAAUUUACUACAUAUUAUUUUCUAUUGUCAUGUUAUGUAUAUGUGCCAACCUGUACUUCCAUGAAGUGGGAAAAUGAUGGACAUUGGGAACACCCAGCAAUGAUGCUACUGUGUCAGACUGCUUCCAGCUCAGCUCUCAGCCCUACUCGACACAUUCAAGUGAGGACAAUCAGCCCGAGAGGAAAGAAGUGGGUUGUGCAAGGAUAAAUCAGUACAUGAUUUUCAUGUAAAUGUAUAUGUAAUGUCCCUCUUGUUGGGGAGAAUUAUUGCCAUAAGAUGUGACAUUCUGCUUUUUUUUGAAGAGCUACUGUUGCACUUAAUGAACAUUCCAGUUGUACUGAUGUUUCAGAAUGGCACAAGCUUUUUCAUUUUGGAAAAAAAUGUUUUUUUAUUACUGUACAAAUAAACUGCAGCAUUGCAAGG